AUGACUUCAAACACACCACAGUGGGUGGAGGAGCCAGGUUUUGGUUUGCAUUACUAUGCUCAUAACUGUGGAUUGAGUAAAUUUCCGAGUGAAGUCUUUGAUGAAAGUCGUAGAAAUAUUGUGGUGAUAUUCAUGCAUGGAAACAAUAUUUCAGAAAUUCCAGAAAAUAUUUCUUGUUUACGUCACCUGAAAGGACUGGAGUUAAAUAACAACAAUCUGAGUACAAUUCCAGAUAACAUUGGAAACCUUUCACAACUAGAAGUACUGUACCUGGAUCGCAACCCAUUGAUAGAUCUACCCGUGUCUUUGAGAAGACUAAAGAAUCUGAAGACGUUCACCUGUGACGUCAUAGACGGUAUUUUAGAACAAGAUGUGAGGAUUGGUGGCGACAAGACGAAAAUCAGAAAACUAUUUGAUAAAGUGUUUAAAAGAAAAGUGGUCCGUGCUUAUGUGGCUAUGGCUGGAGCUUGUCAUGCUGGAAAAACAGCCACAAAAAUGAACCUAGCUGGCGAGCCAUUUGAUGAACACUGUGAAAGUACAGUAGGCGGUGAUAUGUUUGUUUUAGAUCUAGACAACUGGACAAUUGAACAUACAGCACGAAGUGAUGAAUCCGGAAAUAAAGGUAUUCAUACUACUCGAAGCAUAUCACGUACGAUUACGGCUUCUUUAGAUAGGGAAGAGAGUCAGCAAAUGUUCAUGGCUAUGCUGGGAAUUUAUAUCCUCGUAGUUGAUUUGUCUCUUAAACUUGAUGAUGUAGUUCCCCAUGAUCUUGGUGGGAAAAAGAAGACUUUGAGAGAGUAUACUCAUGGAUGGAUGAAUUCAAUACAUUCACAUACAACUAAAGUUGGCCAAGAUCAGAAAAGCAUAAAAAAAAAUGUCAUUGUUAUUGGAACAAAGAUUGAUAAAAUAUCAAAGAAAACAAUGGAGCAACGAAAAAGGGAACUAGAAGCUUUCUUGAGGAGUAUGGAAGCUGCUGUACACAUUGCAUGGCCAAUAAUUCCUAUCAGCAACAAACCUAUGCAGUCACCUUCACCUACUGGUAACCCAAGUGAUCUUUCGCAGUCACCUUCACCAGGCGGUAACCCAAAUGAUGCUUUGCAGUCUCUCAAAGAUAAGAUAAAGGAGCUUGUUUGUCAACUCAGUUAUGAAGUUUCAUUUAACUGGUUGCAGUUCGAGCUUCUACUAAAUCAAAAGGUGGUUGAAGAGACUCUCCGCCCAGUAAUGAAAUUGGCUGAGGUCUAUGAGGUUGGUGAAUCUAUGUCUUUAUCUAAACAGGAAGUUGAUGACGUGCUGAAAUUUUUCCACAGCAUUCGUGAUAUCCUACACUUUGCAGAUGAUCCUGACCUUCGUAAUGAUGUCAUCAUCAGUCCACAGUGGUUCAUUGACUUGUUGAGACUUUUCAUCACUCACAUACCAGAACUCCCUGAUGAGCAGAAGGAGGCUCUCGACACAUUGAUUAGCGAUCUGUAUGACAAGUUAACCACUCACGGGAAACUUGAUGUCCAAUUGGUAGAAUGGGUCCUAAAGAAGAACAACAGACUAGAAGAUAAAGACAUCCUACUUCGACUAUUUCAACAGUAUGAUAUCAUUUACCCAUGUUCCCCACAAUCAGGGUCAGAGGUCACCGAAUACUACAUGGCAUGCCUUCUUAAAUCAGAACCAGAAAAUGGUUUCCUGUCUCCCUCAAAUAGUACAUCAGGUCCUACUCUAUACCUCCACUUUCCUCGAAAAUAUUUACCAGAUGGGUUUUUCCACCAGCUAGUCAUUAGAUGCAUCAAGAAGUGGCAAACAGCCAAGUUAUUCUAUAAUGAUGCCUGGUUUGAUAUUGGAGGGAAGCAUAUCCUCAUCCUGUCAAAGAGAGAAUCUGACAUCACGCUUACAGUGAAGACAGAACCGGCAGGAAGCAUAGCUGUGGAAUUACAGUCAUCCUAUGGUCCAGAAGUAAGAGAGUAUGUGGAGGACAACAUGAAUAUCCUUAUCAAGCGAUAUAACCCUGGUCUAUCAUACACACCAUGUUUGAAGUGUCCAUGUGAUAAACAUGAUGUAUUAAAGAUUACACCUGAUGGAAAGGAUAGGGAUGAUGGUUGUGUUGACCGUAGUAAAGAUAGAUGCUUUGAGUUCAGCCAAAUGUAUAUGUCUGAUUGGUCCUUCUGGGAAUCUUCAGGAGAAGAUUGCCAAUCUGUCAUCACCAAAUUAGAUGUGAAAUCUGGUUGUGUAUCUAUUGAGUGCGACCUGGGUAAAGCGACAUCAGGAAUUAUUGAGAGAUCUGACGAUAAACUUAACUGGAUUCCAAUCAAAACUGUGAAGGCUAAGACUGGUUCUUACAAGGAUCCUGGAUUACAAUCCCAGACUAUAUACUAUUAUAGAAUACAUGUUGAAGAUGACACAUCUCAUGGAUAUACUGUCUCUAUAAAAACUGAAG